GGUAUUGUGUUUGAUAUCCUGCGUCCGAUCUAGUAAAGGUCCUGUAUUGUGUGGUGUAAAAGUGUGCACGCCAGCCGGCCGCUGGCCGAUAUCUGGGUGCGCGUGCACUCGCGCAGCACCCAGCGGUUAGUCAGGUCUGCUGGGGGACGCGUCCGACAGACAGAGUGUGAGCAGCGAGUGCGUCUUCUGCCACUUAGCCACCUGAGCCAGAUCGGUUCGGGAUUGUUGCAGAGACCAUGAAAACCCGCAACACUGGAUCCAUCCUGUUAUUCCAACUCGUGCUCCUAACACUCCUCUUGUUCCAGGAGGGCAACCCCAGAAAAAUUAUCAACUCUGUGAUUGGCCCUUACAUUGCUUAUGGCGAACGCUUUUACAUGUGCGAGCCAAACAACCGCCUGCUGCCCUGUAGGUGGAAUAUUCGCGCUUCUCACUUCAACCCAUAUAAACCAAAAGAGUUACAACGCUUGACAGGCAAUGUGACGUCUACUGUAACGGUUAAUGACGACUGCUGGGCGAAAGUUGUUGUGGAUGUUCGGUCGAACAAUCAAUGGAAGGAAAACGCCUUUGUCUUUAAUUUUAACGACGGUGCAUGUCGGGUUUUGAAAGAAAAUAUUCCUGCAUUUUACAAGCAAGUUUUAAAGGGAAAAGAUGAAGGUGGGUGCACAAUUCCACCAGGAGUUUACGAGGUUAAUAACACUCCAGUGGACUGGAGUUUUCCAAAAGUUCCACUCCUGCCUUAUGGAUCCUGGAGGUUCAGACUCACGUUUGGCAAGGCUGAAAACCUUUACGCAUGCUUCGUGAUAAAUGCUAAGAAUGUUCCGAAAACCGACUAGGACUAGGAACGUUCAAGUAAUUUUUUGACACAUAUAUGGUGUCCAAAGAAAAUGUUAAAAUUGGAAGACUAAUUUUGUUUUAAAUGUCUUAUCUGCUAAAAACGAACAGAUUCAUCAACACGAUUUUGUAAAAUAUAAUACACUUAUUCGCGUU